UGCUGGUGGCCAGAAGGACUGCUUUGAGGAGCAAUUAGCUGAAGGCUGCUGCUGCUGCUGCUGCUACAGGAGAGGAAGCAAGAACAAGAAAAAAGAAAGGAAAGGAAAAAAAGGGGGGGAAGGCUGAUCACGGCGGAGUCUCUCCCUCUCCCAGUAGGCGCUUGCUCACUGCAACUUGCAAAAGGGUUUCAGAUGUCCCAGCACCGCCGCUUGACCCCCUGCAAAUAAAACUUGACCACCAGAUGCAAGUCCCACCUCUCUCCUUCGUAGUCUCUAGCAUUUAGGACCCAGCUUCCAACCUGUUGGCAAACCAGAGAAGAGAAGGGAAAGGACUCGCUUUGCCACUUCCCCCCAUAACUUCUUUUAAAUGUUUGUGUCUUUAAUAUACAGAUACCUAUCUGUUUCUGGAGGAUUCAAGAGUGGGGGGUGAAAACCCCUGCCUUCUGUCUCUGAGAAGAGCUGCUUUCCUGGAAGUCGGUGAGAAGAAAGUGCAGAAGUGAUUAAGGGUGGCGGGCCGUGACACCCCCUCCCCAUUCUUUUUUGCUCCUUUUUAAGUCAGAAUCGACUUGAAGGCAGUCCAUUUCCAUUUUAUUCGGAUUUUUAAAAAAAACAAAACUUUUUUUUCCUGCUGCAAGUGUUGCUGCUCGUUCGCCUGUCAUCUUUCUCUCCCUCCCUGCAGACUUUCCCUGCCUCUCUGUGAGACGGUGCAGGAAAAAAGCGAGGCAGGGGGUGAAAUAGCCUCACGCGCUCCCCAACCACCACCGCCACCACCACCACCAACAACAAACCAGGAGUUGAGUGAUGGGGGGUUGACCAAAAAAAAGAGAGAGAGAGAGAGAGAGAGAGCAAAGGGGAAAAAACUGCAAGCCAACCAACUCUCCGAACUCGCCAAGAAAAUUGUAAGGCGCUAUUUUUGUCUUUGGAGGGUUCGAAGGAUUAAUAAAAAGAAAGGGAAAAAGCCGAAGGAAAAGGAGAGGCGGGAGGUGGGGGGAAGCACCCGCCCCAUCCAAAGUGGAGGAGAGUCACCGUUUGAUCCGGCGCGCUUGGCCCCCUGAGGCAUGGAUGUCGGCGCCCGCCCGCCAGGCCAGAUCACCGCGCCGAGGGCUUUGAGCAGGAGGGCUCCCCAUCAGCUGUCCCCUCGCCUCUCCCCGGGCUUCACCCUUCCAGUAUGUUUCUUUUCAUGAGCCAUCUCCCAGCGCCCAGAGCUUCAGUACAAUGUGCAAAUGGAGACUGAUACAGGGUGCCUCAGCCUAUGCCCACCUGCCUUCCUCCUCCUCCUCCUCCUCCUGCCGGUCUCGCAGCUACUGCUUCCUGCUGCUGCUCCUGAUGUCGUUGUCCCUGGCUGCCCCUGUCCAUGAGCGCGGCCAAGAGAUGCUGCUCCUCAAGGCCACCAACUCUUCCUCCUCCUCCUCCUCCUCCUCCUCUCCGGCCAGUGCGGGGAGACACGUGCGGAGCUACAAUCACCUCCGAGGCGACGUGCGCUGGAGGAAGCUCUACUCCUUCAACAAGUUCUUCCUCCGGAUUGAGAAGAACGGCAACGUCAGCGGCACCAAGAAAGAUAACUGCCCUUACAGCAUAUUGGAGAUAACAUCAGUGGAAAUUGGAGUUGUGGCAGUUAAAUCCAUUAACAGCAACUAUUAUCUUGCCAUGAACAAGAGUGGGAAAGUCUAUGGUUCUAAAGAGUUUAACAAUGACUGUAAACUAAAGGAGAGAAUAGAAGAAAAUGGAUACAAUACAUAUGCAUCGUUCUUUUGGAAAAACAACGGAAGGCAAAUGUUUGUGGCCUUGAAUGGAAGAGGAGCCACAAGGAAAGGACAGAAAACCAGGAGGAAAAAUACAACCGCUCAUUUUCUCCCAAUGGUAGUCGAGCCACAGAUGAAGGGCCUGUUCUAUUGAUAGCAGUUGAACCAAAGAUCAUUUGUCAGGAAUACUUGGUAAUCCUCUUGAAGAGGAAAGGCAGAAACAGUGCAGACGUCUGCUUGAUUGAAAAGAAGAGGGAAGCCUUUGAAGGUUUUGUGCUCUCUGCUGGCACAUGAAGUACUUCUAAUUAGUUCUGUGUCAUAUCUUAUAAUCAAGACACAAGCUGGAUCAAAUAGGAUGGGAGCUCUUUCCUGUGUGAACAAAUUAUUAUUAUUAUUAUUUUAUCUCUGUGAUAGAACUUAAAGGACACAAGACAAUGUAUUGAAUGAUGUUCGGGGAAAGUUAUUUAUGGAAUACUAACUCAUAUCAAAGACCUUCAUUGCUCAUUCAAGCCUAAUGAUCCAAUGAAACAGGCACACAAGCAUUUACUGGAAGCUCGUGGAUCAUAUGCAGCAGUAAAGAAGAUUCUGGAAUGAUCUUGUGAAAGAAAUGAAUAGGAUUAAGAAAUAUAAGGACAUUAGAGUAAAACUGUUCUAACAAAAUAAAUAGUAUGGUUCUCCCCGCCCUUUGUAUGCUAAUGCCAUGCUUUUGUAUUUCUCCCUAAGUUAUUUAUUUAAUAGGAUGUUAAAUAUCUUUCUUCUCUUUUCUUUUUUUGUUUGAAGGAUUUUCUCUGUUGCUUCCUGUUGUGUAAUUGUUCUUUUCCUUCUCUCAGCAUUUUAUACAAGAUUGACCAAGUCAGAUGUCAAAAAGCUCAUACAAGUGUCCAAAAGUGUCCAAAUGGAUAAGGCUUAAAGGAAAAUCUAGGGUUGUGGUUUACGUUUAAUCUUGUUUGUUUGUUUUUCCUCUUGAAACUGGGUUUCUUUUUUAAAUUUUGCACUUAAAACAAUAGGAUCAGAUAUGCAUGGGAACUUCAACAUGACCUGGAUGUUGUUUUGUCAGCAUCGCUGAUUCUCUUUUCCCCCACAGGAGCAAAAUUUCCCAUAAUGUAUCAUCUGAAGAGUCUUGCUGCUAUUUUGAAAUGGGCAGAGUUGAACUGGUACUCAGAUGUGCAUUUAUCUACCAACUUAUUUCAGUUAGACACCUGAUCCCAAAGAUGUUGAAAUUUCAUCAGAGUUAUUCAGCAGGUUCUGUGGAACAGACAGUAAAUGCAUCCAACUGCAUGUUAUGUUGGUUGAAUUAUAUUUUUUCAGACUAAAGCUGAAUUAAGUCUAUGGAGCUGCUAACAUCUGAGGGAGCAAUUUGCCUUGUUCUCCUCCCCCAUCCUGGAAAAAGUAAGACAAAAAAAGAGCCAAAUAUUACCAUCUUGUGACUGCAAUCAAACUCCUUCAGAAUAGCCUUGAUGUAUGUGGUGUUGAAAAUUGCAGCCUCAAUCUGCAUACCUUUCCCUUUCAACAUGGGGCAGUUUCAGAUGUUGCAUAGGAGCUGAGGGAGAAGAAGUGGGAGUGAAUGACUCUGCCAGAGAAUACUGGAUUAGAUGUCAAUUUUCUAUCAGGUGAGUGCAUUGAGCAUCAAAUGUAUGCUCACGCUCCUCACACCCAGGGCUGGCACCAGAGGGCGGCCAGGUUGGGCCCUGGCUGAGGGCCCCUGAAGUGCUCCUCCUUAGGGUGGGAGGGUGGUGCUCCCAUUCUGUGAUCUGCGGCAGCAUCAGGUCCUGCCACAGAUCAUGGAGAGGGAGCUCCACAGGCACCCCCUAAUACAGACAGUGUGAGCUUCAAUAAGCCUGCACGCAUGCCCCACCUACCUCUCCUGUCAGUGUGAAUGCCAUGUGUGCUGUGUGAGUAUGCCUACCAUCACCCAAGAAGCAGGGGCUUCCCUAAGGGGCUGACACCCCCACUGCUAUGUUGGUUGAUGGCAGGCAUGCACACUACAUGCAUAUGUCAUUCACAUGACACAAGAGGUAGGUGGGAUACGCAGGUGGAUAUGUUAGCCCUGCGCCGCCUGUAUCAGGGGGUGUUGGGCUACAGUGCUCCAGGCCCGGGACAGGGUGGUGUCCAAGAGUCCAUUCAUGCCUGGUGUUAGUCCUGCUCACACCCCUUGCUUUAAAAAAUGUGAGGAAUAAUGGUGUACAAUGGCUAAAAGUGUAAGUGGUCAGAUUUUCAUGCAAAAUGGACAAUGGGCCCUACAAACACCUGGAUUUUAUCAACAAGACCCUAAAAUACUGGUCUUCUAACUUGGGUCCCCAGAUGCUGUUGGACUACACCUCCCAUCAUCCUGAGACAUCUUGAUCAAUGGUCAAGGAUAAUUGAAGGUAUAGUCCAUUGACAUCUGGGGAUCAAAGGUUGAAGACCAGCCCCCUAAAAACCAUCAGGAUCUGAUCAGCAAGACCAAUUAGCUGUCUCUUGCUUCUCCUGUGCUGGUUGGGAGAUGUAGGUUUACCUCAAAGACCAGAAGGGCAGGAGCAUUCUAUUGGCUUUAUGCCAUUUUAACUGCAUUUCCUUCUUUGUUUUACUGGAAAGGACCGAUGAGAUAUACAGCACCCCAAGCCAGCUUUACUUUACUCACCAUUCACAUGACAAUGUGAUUAGAGCUAGUGACAGGUCCUGUCUGUCUAACAGACUGGGACCUAACAUGGAAGAACUGCAAAGUUCUUUCUCAACCAUCCUGGAAAAAUGACAACAUCUGGAAACCUCUCCCCCAAAGUGGCUCUGAAUCACUGAUAGCUUAUACAAACAGCAGACCAUGUCACAAAGCUAUUCCUGGACUGUGCCAUUUCAGACUGUUGGGGUGGAGGGUGGGGGUCACAUACAUACAUAAUUUCUCUGUGUACAGAAAUCUAGAUGUCAGGGAGAGAGAUCAUAGUAUAGCAUUCUUCCUGUUGUUGUUUUAAUGUGUAAGGACUUGUUUCAUGGAAGAAUAUUCAGACAUGCAAUUCCCCAUGCAUAGUCUGAGGCAGUACAGUCCGGAAACAGUUUUACAAUUUAAUCUGCUGUCUGUGUAGACUAAGCAUGAGGCUGGAGGGCUUCAAGCUGAUGGGGAUGUUCUAGCUCUGGAUUUCCUGCAUUGAGUAAGGGGCUUGGACUACAUGGCAUACAAGGCUGGGGCCGGUUCUAUGAUUCCAACUCUAUGAUUCCACCUCUGUUACCCAGGAUUUCCUGCAUCGAGCAGGGAGUUGGACUUCAUGGUCUACAUAGUUUUUUUCCAACUCUGCGAUUCCAACUCUAUUAUUUCUCCCAGCUCUAUGAUUCUAAAUAAAGCUGUUUGCCCUCUUGUGGCACAAGUUUUAUAAACCCUCCCUGUCAAAGUGGAUAUUGAUCACACUGACAUUCUUGCCCACUCCAACAGUCUAGAAUAAUCACACUAAAGUGAACAGAUGUACUCUGAAGUAAGUGACUUGAGGAUUGCAACCACUAUUAUUCAUACUUGUAAAUAACUUUCGAGAGCCAACCUAAAGCAACAUCUUCAGUGUUCUUCAUUUAUCACAAUAUAUGCAAUGGCUCUGAAAUACAAUAUUGGGCACAUUUUUUAAACUGAGUGCUCCUAUUUUCACAGCUUACACUGAGUAAAUGCAGUCUUCAGUUAAACAUAAAUAUCAACUUUGUUCAAUCUGAAAAAAAAACUAUAUGAUUUUUUGUUUUACUUUUUUUCUUUAACGUUAGAGAGCUGUGGAUAGUUCAUCAAUAUAACCAUAAUGAGAUUCAUUGUGUUAGAGCAAGUUAAGUAGAAAACUGUACAUCAAGCCAUCAUGUACCACUCUCUUCACAUUGUAUUCCACUAAAUAAAUGAAUAAAUGUGUAUGUCUUCUUUGCAGUAUCUGUAGUGGGAAACAGAAGUAGUCUUAUGAAUAUUUUAAUUGCAUUUAAGGGACUAUAUUGAUGCUGCAACUUUGAUCUUUAUUGUCACAGAAGAAAUCAGUUCAGUUUUUAAUUUUGUUUGGAAAUAUUAUUUGGAUACAGAGAUUUGCAAAUUGUGUCCCUUAAAAAAAUACUAAUGAAUAACCUCUACAAAGGCAAUUUUGGGAUCUGUUAACUUGUCUGAGCUUCACAGGCUGGUGAAGAGGGGGGAAAACUGUAGGCACAAUCCAUCAUAGUACACGGCUGGCUGCUAUUCACCCUACCUUGGCGUAUGUGCACUGCAGCACUUGGGCCAUGUGAUGUUGGUCCUGAGAGGUCUGUCCACAUCUGCACCCAUUAUCCAUCCUUCUCUCAUUUCUGGGUGCAAGUUAACCAAGAUCACUUGGGCAGAAUGUUCUAUUGAGCCCAACACCAACUCUUUUCUACUUGUCCCUGUAUCUGCACUAGCAUGGAAUGUGCCUACAGAUUUCUCCUCAAAUUAUGAAAUGUUCUGGCUAUACAUUCUGACCUUUUUUAAAAAAAAAAUCCCUUAUACAAAAGGGGCACAAUCUACUGCGAAGUUCUUCUUUGCAAGCCCCAGUGAAACAGUAAAGCUAUCAAUGGCUACCAGCCAUGACAGCUGGGCUCUGCAGUAUGCAAUAUGCUUCUGAACAGCAGUUGCUGGAAACCUCAAGAGGGGAGAGUGUUCCUGCACUCCGGUCCUGCUUGAGUGCUUCCCUUGAGCAUCUGGUUGGCCACUGUGAGAACAGGAUGUUGGACUAGAUGGGCCACCGGCUCGAUCCAGCAGGACUCUUGUUAUGUUCACAAGCCCCAGUGAAAGACAUGGAAGUGUGCCCUUUAUUUCAUUGGUGCUUGCCAGGGGGAAAUCCCAGUCUAAUGUGGCCUAAGUCAAGUUGACGGUUCAGAUCAUGGCAUGUGGCUAAUGCAGAAGUAGCCAAUGCGGUGUCCUCCAGAUGUUGCUGGACUACAACUCCCCCCAUUAUCCCUCACCACUGGCCUGCUGGUUGGAACUGAUGAAGUCCAACAACAUCUCAUGGGCACUACAUUGGCUACCCAGGGGCUAGCAUAACGUUAAUUUUGCUUGGGGAAUGACCAAAUUUUUUUAAUUUUGGGGGGGGGGAAAUGUGUCAAACUACCAGCAGUACGGUUUGGGGAUGCUGGGAGAUAAAUAUGGUAACUUGAGACAAAAUAACAGAAUGGUUGUUGUCAUAUGAGGAGAGAGCUUUCCUUGUGUUACAUUUGUUUUUGUUUUGUUUUCAAAGUGAUAAUUGCAUCUGACAGGGCAUGAUGGACCACCCACAACAAAAAUUAAAUGUUUGUUUGGCAAAUAAAGGAUUGGAUGACCACUCUUCUUAGCAUCUAUGGGACAAACGAGGUUCUCAUGUCACAGAACCAUUAACAUUGCUUUGGGGUCUGGAGGAGGGGAGGGGGAUGUGUAAACAUUCAUAAUUAUAGGAUUUCAAAAUGCUUUAAAAAAAACUCCAUGCAAAAAAAGUACAAAAAUGACUGCAGCUUGCAGAGGCCAGGAAACAAAAAAUCAAGCCCCCAUCCCAGCAUGUACAGAGACAGAAUAUGGGGGGGGGGAUGACAGGUUUUUUUAUAGCCUUAUAAACACUUCUUUGUUUUACCCCUCCCACCUCAAAAUCCCUCUGAUGUUUCACCAUUGCAGGAAACAUCCAUAUUUGAUUUUAAUCAUUCUUUCAGUGAAGUUGGGAGACAGUUCUAGGAUGUGCAGAAAGUAAAACUCACUCCCUGACAAAUUGCUAUUCUUUUUGAAAUUCUUUUGGGGUUGCCUUUGAAAAUCCCCUGGUAGUGCUUCACUUGAGGAGCUAUCAAAUUAAUUUUGCUUUAAGUGAAAUUGAGGGGGCUUCUUGAAGUGGAAGCUUGUAGCCAUUUUGUUGGUUCCUGAGGAUUUUAUUUUAAAAAGCUGCCAAAGGCCCUGCUCAUACAGAUGUGCUCUGGUACCCUCUGUAGCAGGACUGUGCUGCACUUGGGUUUCCCAGAGUAAUACCAUUCCACCAGAACACCAGCACAAUCCACAAGGAACUUCUCAUGCACAAUUCUGAUUGAAGUGAUUUUGAGCUCCAGUGUGACUCUCAUUCAUUUCGAAGGGGGUUAUGCCAGAAAAGUUCGCAGGUAGAUGUGCCCUAAGUAUUAUUCUGGCUCCGUCAUAAAUAUGAGACAAAAUAAAACAAGGUUAUUGUGUGGUGUUUUUUAUUAAAAAAAAAGUUGAACAACAUGUACAGUAUAUUUAAAUAAUAAAUAAUA